AAGACGGAGCUCUGGCUGAUCGUCCACCGGCCGGCAUCGAAAUCACCCAACUUCAUUGGACACCGAACCCAGAUUCGCACCAGGUCGCCGACCAGUUUGACGUCCAGAUUCACGACCGGAUAUUGAUGAUCAGCUUUGUAAGCACUCACGAAGCGUCAACACGGAGCUUGUCAGCCUUGGAAAGCUUGAUUGAUGAGGAGUCAAAGCUCGAGUUAUAUCGCCGAGUCGACACAUCAAGUGUAGACUAGUGCUUAUUCACCUCCUUCACCAUACAUAAUCACCAAAGAAGUAAUACCAAGGUACCCUAUCGGCAUUUGUCCCUCCCCUUCACUUACUCAAACCAUACCACUCCCGGAGGUUUACCAUACCAGGUUCCGAUUAGGAGAUAUCAGCCGAAGUACCUAACUAAUCAACAACCACCAAAAUGGAGGAGUCGAGGACACAACCAUUACCAGCAGCCUCAGCCGCGUCUACCUUACCAUCGCCAUCAAAAUCAUCACCAGCAGAGGAGCAACAGCCGCAGCUCCAGACCGCGAGCGAGGACACAGCCAAAUCCCAACCUAAAUCACAACCCAAAGGCGAAGACAACACCACCAUCAACAAAAACCAGAACCAAAACAAGAAACCCAACAAAAUGCCACCAAAACCACCCCCCACUCACUUCCUUUGCAUCCCCCUCGUCACCGCCUCCUCCCGGUCUCAACUCACGCGCAGCCUAGCCGCCUUCAGGGAGGAAGUGACGGCCCCCGGGAACCCGUCCAGCAGUGCUUACGGAGCGUUGCCGGUGCCGGAGGAAGCCAUCAGGCCUGUGGGGACGAUCCAUUUGACGUUGGGGGUUAUGAGUUUUCUGGAGCCGAGGGAGUCUAAGGGGGUGAAGACGGGGAGGGGAGGAGGUGGGCAGGGGCAGGCAGGGCAGGUUGGGGGAAGUAGUGGGAGGGAUGGACCGCAAGAAGAUAACGGGAGAAGAGACAGAAGCAGAAGCAGGAGUGGCAGCAGAAGUGGCAGCGAGGAACAGGGACCACCAAGUGGAAGUGGAAGUCUGAGCGGGCUGAGGAAGCUGGAGGAAGCCAAGGCUUUGCUGAAGAGCUUGAAGCUGAGCGAGAUUUGGCAGGAGGUGCUGAGGCAGUCACAGACGCGGGCGACGGCGGUGCCGAUGCCGCGGGAUAGUAACGGUGGUGGUGCACCUAUUGCUAUUGGGACAGCGGAAGAGAAGGGUGAAGGGGUGGAAGCUGGGAUGGGGACUGUUAUUAGGGAGGUCCCACCCCAGCUUCAGUCUGAGACAGGGAAGAAGGAAGAAGAAGAAGAUCUAAAGAUCACGUUAAAGGGUCUUCACUCGAUGCAAUCACCUUCCAAAGCAGCGGUGCUCUACGCUCCGCCCGUUGACCCGCUUGGCCACCUCCAGCGCUUUUGCGAGAGGGUCAAGGCCGAGUUUGUGCAGAAGGAGUUGAUGAUGGAGGAAGGGGGUAGACCGCUUUUGUUGCAUGCUACGGUUGUUAAUACGAUUUAUGUGAAGGGUGGUAGGGGUCGUGGUCAGCAGCAGCAGCAGCAGCAAGGGGGAGGUAACAGAGGAGGAGGAAGAGGAGGAAAGAAGGGACACCACGGUCACAGAGGAGGAGGAAACAAAAGGGAAAGAUUGACGAUUGACGCGAGGGAGAUUCUGGAGAGGUAUGAGGAGUACACGUGGAUGGAGGACGUCAAGGUGGAAAAGGUGGCUAUUUGCAAGAUGGGGGCGAAGAAGGAGAUGGUGGAUGGGGUGGUGGUUGAUGAGGCUUAUGAGGUUGAGGAGGAUGUUGAGUUUUAGAGGUCCUGUCAUUGGACUUUAGAAGUCAAUGAAGUACGAUUAUAGUACUCGAAAGAGGGAGAUGUUUUGGUAAUCGAUAUCCCUCGAUCCAGUCCGACAAAGGCCCGAGGUAUCCACGAGCCACGCUAACUUGUCUUGUGUGUGAGAGGGAAUGAAGCGAGCGAAAGAUAGCCGUAGAUCUCCCGUUAGGCUAUCGUACAUGUAUCGUGCUUGGGUUCUUCUUCCCACGGUUGUAUCUACUGUGUGUAAGCUCCGAAGCUGUACAUUGUACGUACAAGUACCUACAUGUUCGGCCAUAGGGGUUCGAGAGGAGGGGCAGAGGGGCUCCAUGGGUCAACCCCUGAAUGCCAUGUUUUGGUCAACGGAGCUGCCCGGCCGUUGCUGAAGGUACGGCGACAGACCAUGAUCCCUGUCC